AUGCUACUACCACAAACGCUUCGGAGCGGAGGCACGCAAAUGCACCCAACCUUGCACGUACAAGAAGCCAAAAAACGAGGAAAGCAGUCAUUAAGGGCGGCCAAUGACGACGACAUAGAACCUCGCCGCCUGUACAUAAAAGACCAGAAAUCAAAAAUAACAUUUCUGAUAGAUACAGGCUCCGACAUAAGCGUUUAUCCACGCAGGUUUAUGCAGGGAAAUCAGCAAAUACAGCCAUUCGAUCUAUUCGCAGCAAACGGUACGAGGAUCGUAACGUACGGCAUGAUAACCCUGCAACCAAACCUGGGAUUGAGACAAGCAUUUCCAUGGCGCUUCACUGUAGCAGACGUAGCACAACCGAUCAUCGGCUCAGACUUUCUGGCUCAAUAUCACCUAUUACCAAACGUCAAGAACCGAAAACUAAUAGACGGGAAGACCGGACUGUCCACGCCAGGAACGGCAACAUACAGCGAAGUCACCUCGAUAAAAGUUGUUAAAGAGGAAACACACUACCACCGUAUAAUAGCAGAGUUUCCGGGAAUCACACAGCCCGCAGGAGCGCAGAGGAUAGCAAAACAUAAUACAGAGCACCAUAUAGCGACAACGCCAGGACAGCCGGAAGCAAGCCGACCACGCAGAUUGGCACCCGAUAAAUUACAAGCGGCAAAAGCGAAGUUCGACCUUUUGCUACAAGAGGGAAUUAUAAGACCAUCAAAAAGUCCUUGGUGCCUAAAAAAGAGAAUAACUGGAAACCAUGCGGAGACUACCGCAAACUAA